AUGCAGGAUCUUUGCGAGCUCAGCAACCUCCUCCUCCUCCUCCUGGUCGCCCUUAUAGCUGUCCUGUCCAUCUACUCCAGCAAGCUCUUCUCCGUAGACAAGAGGAACCACUCACUCGAAGCCAAGCUCAAGGAAGUUUUGAGCGUGAUGAGAGACGCCGAACAGAAGCAAAAGAAGAUGCAGGACUACAUCUACUCCCUCGAGGCUCAGUUGCUAUGCUCAUACCAGGUGCCGAGGGCUACGAGGACGCCGUCGAUCGGGUCGACAGGAUCGGAUGCAGAAAGCAGUGAAAGUCCUCAUUCAGGUGCUGGAUACCAAUGGGACUCCAAGGGCAAGAGGAGGUCUCCCAAGAAGUGCAGGAGCCCCAUCAGACGGGCAACCAGCAUCUGCGGCUCCUCCUGCAUGUCCCUUACCAAGGAGGAGAGGACGACCCUCGCGGGGUACAAGCGCCUCUCCCCCAACAACGUGGACUACACCUCCGCUCCCCAUAGCUUUCACUUCGACGACAUCACGUGCGGGGAGGAGCUGUUCGACAUCGAGGAGAAGUCCAGCACGCAGCACAUGCACGGCUGCUCGUCAUGCACCAACAUCAGCGACCUGAAGCGAGCGCCGAGCCAGAGCAGUGGGUCGAGGUUCUACGCCAACGUGGUGAGGGAGAAGAGCGGGUACAGCAGCGGGAGACCUGUGGAGUCACGAGGAUGGAAUAAGAGUCUGUGA